GCGCCCGCCGCCCGCCCGCCGCUUCCUGCCCCCACCCCGCCCCGCGCGCUAUUUAAGGCGCCCCCGCCGCCCGGCGCCGUCCAGCAGGGCUCCCGCGGGCGCCGCUCCGGCAGACUUGCGUCCCCUCCGCCACCUGGGCCGCCCGCAGGCCGGCGACGGAGGCCCGGGAGCCAUGGGCGACUGGGGCUUCCUUGAGAAGCUGCUAGACCAGGUCCAGGAGCACUCGACCGUGGUGGGCAAGAUCUGGCUGACGGUCCUUUUCAUCUUCCGCAUCCUCAUCCUGGGCCUGGCCGGCGAGUCGGUGUGGGGCGACGAGCAGUCGGAUUUCGAGUGUAACACGGCCCAGCCAGGCUGCACCAACGUCUGCUAUGACCAGGCCUUCCCCAUCUCCCACAUCCGCUACUGGGUGCUGCAGUUCCUCUUCGUCAGCACGCCCACCCUGGUCUACCUGGGCCACGUCAUCUACCUGUCUCGGCGCGAGGAGCGCCUGCGGCAGAAGGAGGGGGAGCUCCGGGCACUGCCAGCCAAGGACCCACGCGUGGAACGGGCGCUGGCAUCCAUAGAGCGCCAGAUGGCCAAGAUCUCGGUGGCGGAAGACGGUCACCUGCGGAUCCGCGGGGCGCUGAUGGGCACCUAUGUGGCCAGCGUGCUCUGCAAGAGCGUGCUGGAGGCAGGCUUCCUGUACGGCCAGUGGCGUCUCUAUGGCUGGACCAUGGAGCCCGUGUUUGUAUGCCAGCGCUCACCCUGCCCCUACCUCGUGGACUGCUUCGUCUCUCGCCCCACGGAGAAGACUAUCUUCAUCAUCUUCAUGCUGGUGGUCGGACUCAUCUCCCUGGUGCUCAACCUGCUGGAGCUGGCGUACCUGCUGUGCCGCUGCCUCAGCCGGGGGGUGAGGGCCCGGCAGCGCCAGGAUGCGCCCCCAGCCCCGGGCACCUCCUCGGAGCCUUAUGCCGACCAGGUCUUCUUCUACCUCCCCAUGGGCGAGGGGCCCUCAUCCCCGCCAUGCCCCACCUACAAUGGGCUGUCGUCCAGUGAGCAGAACUGGGCCAACCUGACUACGGAGGAGAGGCUGGCUUCUUCCAGAGCCCCCCUCUUCCUGGACCCACCCCCCCAGACUGGCCGGAAAUCCCCCAGUCGCCCCAGUAGCUCUGCUUCCAAGAAACAGUAUGUGUAAGGGCCUAAGGCUUCCAUCACCCCGCAACGGGGCCUGGGAAGUCUUGCUGCCUUUUAAUGCAAGGUUCCACAGAGAUGGCUGGGGGAAACAGGUGCUGGCUGGCCAGAGAGCCUCCUUGCAUGUUGUUCUUGACACCUGCAUCCUUCCUAAUGACCAGAGGGCACCACACUCUGCCCUCCAGAACAUGGUUUUGUCCCAGGCACGGACAGAGCCAGCGUGGGGUGCUCUUAGCCAAGGGUGUUUGAGCCCUUUGGUCUUUUUCACCUGGUUCAGAGGGAUUCGGAGACAACUUACCCCACCCCCACCCCCGUGGCAGAUUCACCUCCACCCAGGUUGUCUGCACGCCCUGUCCUCUCAGGAAAGGCUGGUGGAGGCUGCUGGGUCAGCCUUGAUCACACACACCUACCCACGCACCCACACACACACAGCCUGUGCUGCAUCUGGCCCUGUCAAGGGGCGUGGGGUCUUGUUCUCAUCACUCCUUCCUGCUUACACUGUUUAUCCUUCUAAAAUAAACAGGACUUAAUCACAA